AACCAUAUACCAUCCUGCCAGUAUCCAAACCGACUGAUGCCUGUACGCAGCCUGAUGCCUCUACUCGGCCUGAAGCCUCUACUCGGCCUGAAGCCUCUACUCGGCCUGAAGCCUCUACGCGGCCUGAAGCCUCUACGCGGCCUGAAGCCUCUCCUAGGCCUGAAGCCUCUACUCGGCCUGAAGCCUCUACUCGGCCUGAAGCCUCUACUCGGCCUGAUGCCUCUACUCGGCCUGAUGGCCUGUACUCGGCCUGAUGCCUCUCUUCAGCCUGAAGCCUACUACUCGGCCUGAAGCCUCUACUCGGCCUGAAGCCUCUACUCGGCCUGAAGCCUCUACUCGGCCUGAUG